UUUCGUCUCGUAGCAGGCGGUACACUCGAAUGCGAAUGCAAAUCAUAUGACGUAUUGCAGUGGAGCAAAUUCACCAACGGAUUCGUCGUUAUCAAAACUAUCAUUAUUGGUUCGUCGAAUCUAAGCUUUUUACACAAAUGUCGACAAAAGAAAGGCAACAGCUUGCUGCGAAAGAAGCCGCGUUGGCCGCCUUUAAACGUGAGGCUCUUUCCAUUGAAAAAAUAUAUCGGGAUGUAAAGGACCAGCUUAACAGAUUGAAAGUUGAAGAACUAGAUAUCAUGAAUAGGCAGAGGGAACAAGAAGUCAGGAAUGCCCUUAAUUCAGCAUCUGUGAACUGGGCUACAUCUCAUUCUGCCACAUUGACUGAAUUUCCUUCUGGAACUGAACUUCAAGCUGAUCAAGUUAACAAAACACAUCUUGAUCUCAGCAUGGCCCCCACGUUAGCACCAAUGAACAACUCUACCCAUGGAGAUAGCUCAGAUGAUGACCAUUUAUUCUGAUUGGCUAUAUAUAUAUAUAUAGAUGGGGCAACUAAAUCCAAAUAUCACUGCACUUGUAAUGUAAAUCUUUCAGAAGAGACCGACUCAGCUUUUGUAGUUCCACUGAGAACAAGCUCACAUCUUUAAGUAACUCCAAC